GUUAAGACGUAUCAAACACGAUCAUACAUGACUAUUUUUAGGCUUACACAUUGAGAAAAUUUGAUGAGUCAAAGUACUUAGAUGAACAGUUCCAAAAGUCAAAUAUGGACAAAGACAGUGGGACAGAGUGUAAAAUGGAAGCGGAUUACGUGCAGAGGUUUCACAGGCAUCAGCCCAAAGAUUACCAAAGCUCUGCCACCGUUAUGAAGCACAUCAAAGCCUCCACUGAUACCGUUUGGUCACUGGUGAGGAGAUUUGAUGAGCCACAGAAGUAUAAGCCAUUCAUCAGCCGGUGCACGGUGAAGAAGGAGGGUGAAGAUGUAGGGAUAGGGAGUGUGAGAGAGGUGGAUGUCAAGUCAGGCCUUCCAGCUACAACCAGCACUGAAAGGUUGGAGCUUCUUGAUGAUCAGGAACAUGUUCUUGGAAUCAAGAUUGUUGGUGGCGAUCACCGACUAAAGAACUACUCAUCGGUCAUAACGGUGCACCCGGAGAUGAUAGAGGGGAGCCCGGGGACGCUGGUGAUCGAGUCGUUCCUGGUGGACGUGCCUGAAGGGAACACGCGAGAGGACACCUGCUACUUUGUGAAGGCCCUCAUCAACUGCAACCUCAAGGCUCUGGCUGAUGCCUCGGAGAGGAUUGCGGCUCAGGGCAUAUGGGGCUGAUUCUUAGCUUGCUUCUUCUUGUGACACUUUAUGCACACAUAUAUACAUAUAUGUUGGGAUUGUAGAGAUAUGAUUGCUUAGAAGCAGAUCCACUCUCCCAAUGGCAGUCUAUAUUUAUGUUAUAGUGAGUGAGUAGUUCAUAUAUAUUCUCCUCUAAUUAAUAUAAUCAUCUAGCUAGGAAAUUAAUGGGCUUUUGAUAU